AUGGAUGGCUCUCCCAACGAGAAAUUCCUGCAACAAAACUCUCCAUCUCCUACCAGAACGGCAUCUAGCGUCACCGUCCGCAACCCUUCCCCGCCCUCAGCAUCCAUGGCCUCAUCAUCAGCCCGCGAAACCGAGAAAUACAAAAUGACGACCCCCUUCACAUCACGUCCUGGCACGCCUGAAACGCCCCAUUCGACCGUACUAGAACAGCCGCCUCUGCCCAAUCUGAAAGCCACCAAUAGCAGGCGUUCACGCGGAGCUUCAACGAGCUCCAGGGUCUCGAGAGGAAUGGGUGGCGCCGUGUUCAGCCCACUCGAGCGGAGAACCAGUUCGCAGACUGCAGAAUUGCAGAAUGAGCUCAGAAGACAUGUGUCGUUACAUGGUAUACCGACAAGGCACGGCGAGCACGAGGUUUUGGAGCUACGGCAGGAAGUCUAUCUAGAGGAAGGGAAGGGGAAGGAGGAUGUUACGAUCAUAGAUUGGCUGCCACAUGAUCCUGGCCACCCGUACAAUUUUGCGACCUGGCGAAAGUAUGCCAUAUUGACAGCUGCCAAUAUUGCCACCUACAUUGCUGCUGCCAAUAUCGCCUCAGUCGCCGUACUGGCUGAUUUUGGUACCGCCUAUUUUGACAUAUCAAGAGAGAAAUGGAUCUUGUCUUUGACGUUGGCGAUGCUGGCCAUCGCUUGUGCCCCCCUAGCUCUGGCACCCUUGAGUGAAAGUUUUGGCAGGAAUCCUGUAUACCAGGUAACCUCGGUAUUAACAGCGGUGAUGUGGAUACCCCAGAUCUGGUCCAAUCAUAAUUACAGCGGUGUUCUUGCUGCUCGCUUCUUCCAAGGUGUAGGAAUGUCGGUAUCAAAUUCAAUGGUCGGCGGUACCGUCGCCGACCUUUUCCGGUCAGACCAAAGAGGGUUCGCGAUGAGUUUCUUCACUGCGUCCAUCUUUUGGGCGCAGGGUACUGGGAUCACUUUCUCAGGCUGGGCCGGAGAGAAGCUUGGCCUGCAAUGGGCUUGGGGCAUACAAGCUAUCAUCGCCGCAUUGUCUGUCGUCUACAACAUCUUCUUCAUGCGCGAAACGCGUGCCGACGUACUGCUAUCCCGACGAGCCAAAGCCAUGACGAAGAAAAUGGGCAAAAAGCAUAUCGCUGUGGUGGAUUUGGAGAGGACGGCAUUGUUGACGCUGAUCAAGGUGUCCAUCAUUAGGCCUUUACAUUACCUGAUCACGGAGCCGAUCGUCACCGCUCUUUCUCUAUGGUUCGGCUUUGCCUGGGGCUGUAUCUUCCUAGGGCAGAGUUCUGUUAUGUUGGUAUUCGAGCAGUACGGUUUCUCUGCUGCCGAGGCUGGCUCUUUCGAAAUUACGAUGGUUAUCGGAGCCACCAUCGGUCUCUUCGCCCAAUUCCACCAAGAAUCUCUCUACCGCCGCGCCGCUACCAAACACAACGGCAAAGCCCCACCCGAGGCGCGUCUCUACUGGGCCGCCUACGGCGGUCUGCUCUUCCCUCUGGCGUUGUAUGUCUAUGCCUGGACAGGGCAGCCGAGUAUACAUUGGGCGGUGCCGGGAGUGGCAUUGGUAUUUAUGGACUGGGGUGUGUUCAUGAUCUACAGUGGGGUCUUCACGUACCUCGCAGAUGCGUACGAGAUCUACUCGUCAUCUGCUCAAGCCGCCCAGAGUUUCUGUCGAAACGUCCUCGGUGGUGUCUUCCCUCUCUUCGCCCGUCAAAUGUAUAAAGGCAUGGGAUACCCACAGGCAUCCACACUAGUAGCAAGCGUCGCUUUGGGCCUCGCUACAGCUCCAUUCUUGUUGCUCAUGUUUGGCAAGAAGUUGAGGGCGAAGAGUAAGGUCACGAGUCAACUAUUCCAGGAUAAGGAGGAGGAGGUCAAGGAGGAGAGGGCGGCAUCAGCAUAA